ACAUAUAAUAAAUAUGUUAAUUGAGAAUUAUAGAGAAGACUUAACACCAGGACUCCUAUAUCGUGAUGACUGAUGCACCGUCAAUGCCAAAUACUCGUAGUUCGUAUCCACCAUGAAGAAUUGAUGUGGUUUGUAUUUCAUUUUCGUAAAUAAAAGUCUAUAUUUUUUAUUAUGACGAGUAUUAAUGAGUUAUUUAAUUGAAUUUACUUAUAUUGAGUUAGAAUUGUAUAUUAUGUGUUAUAACAUCUCAUAUUUAGAUAAAAUGCCUUUUAUAAAGUUGUACUUUGGUUAUAACUUGUUAUAACGUGCCAUAACAAAUGUAGUUGUACACUUAUUAUAUGUUGUCGACAAAUAUGGAGAGGAUACCAGCUUGCAUCCGGAUAUUGACAUGGAAUUGUUGUCGCAAACUGUUGGAGGCAAAAAAAAAGGGUAGAAUGUAUGGGAUCAGCACUAUGGUUGCCUCGCGUGUCGUGAUGAUGGGUGCACAAGAGAGAAGUGACAACGAUGAGGUGGAACGGUUGAUGGAAAAAAUAGCGGAGUUGGAACAAGAUAAGAUAAAGAAACAUGUUAUGAUGGAGAUAAUUGAAGAAGUUGCGAGGUUGUAUGUCGAAAUGAAUGCGAAAAUUCAAAUGUUUUCAAAAAACCGCCACAAAACCUGCCACCAACUUAAAAUGCGUUGAAUUUUAUUAUAUUGCUUUUAGAUAAUUUGGAUCUUUAUCGUGUUAGGUUUGGUUAUGUUUGAAUUAUUGGAUUUUUAUCGUGUUGCAUUCAGUUAUGUUUGGAUGAUUUGGAUCUUUUAAUAUGAGUUUUUAAUAUUUAUUGUUAUGUUUA